AUGUCACACUGCCUCUACUGUGAAACAUGGAGGAAGCUCUAUUAUGAUCUGGGGCUGCUUGGCCUCAUCUGGUACAGGGUGUGGGGAAUCUCUGCAAGGUCAAUGAAACCUCAAGAUACUACAGAGAAAUGUUCUGCCCAGUUUUCAGAGACUUUCACUGUUUCAGUGAGGUCUCCUAUCACAGUCCAGCAAGGCCAAACAGCCAUCUUACCCUGCUGGCGCAGCUCCUCUCAGAGUGCAGAACAUCUAGAGGUACGCUGGUAUUUGGGCAGUGAUGGAUUUGAUACUCCAGUCAUGCUUUAUAAGGGAAAAGCUUUUGACCAAACAUCCCAGAAAGCUUCAUACACUGGCCGAGUCUCAUUUGGCUUAAAGGAAGGAACAUCAGCAGGGUUAAAGUCAGGUGAUGUCAGCCUGAAGCUGGAAAACACUAUGAUUGAAGACACAGGAACCUACACUUGCUUUCUCAGCAGCUCUGAGGAAUAUGCCAAUGCUGCUGUUAGUCUGACAGUGACAGAAACUGGACGUCAUCCUCUCCUUUCUACAGUGAUUAAAGACGAUAAUAAUGUUAAUAUAAGCUGUGAAUCUGAAGGCUGGUAUCCAAAGCCUGAGCUGCACUGGUCAGAUGGGAUAAAAGCUCUCACUCCUGGUGUUGUGGUGUUUGAGAAAACCUCUGCAGGACUUUAUUCACUCCACAGUUGGCUCCUCCUCCCAAGUUUGUCUGAGGUCUCCUGCUCUGUUGGGCUUCCCAAUGAAAUACCAAAGGAGGCCAGAAUGCAUAUUAAACAUUCACCAUAUGUACAAGAAGAGUCAGGAUGCUCCCCAGCUGGAUGGGUGGCCUUUGGGAUACUUCUAGCAGCUGUAUUAGCUGCUGGUGGAGCACUGUACUUCAGAAACAAAGCACUGUACUUCAGAAACAAAGGAGGAAAACGCACAAGCAGCCCUGAAGAAAAUGAACCCCUUUUGUCUAAAGAUUUUCUGCUAACUGCUCUAUCAGAGGCUUCCAAACACUAUGUGAAUGUUCAACUGGUGGACACAGGAAACCCGCUGAUUAAAAUGAGCCGUUCUUUAUUGAGAGAUAAUCAAGUAGAGUUUCCAGAUGGAGACAGAGUUACCUGUCUCACAGCAGUCAGAGGAUCACCUGGCUUCUCUUCUGGACGACACUACUGGGAGGUUUCCUUACUACCCUUAUCAAAUGUAAAUGCAGCAAUGCCACUUAAGAAGUCCUGGUGGAUCGGAGUUACAGAUAAACAAGAAAUCCCUAAAGAUCAAAGUUUUCCUCUAUCCAUCCAUGGUUUCUGGUUCCUUUCUUCUUGUCCUGAUAAAGAAAAUAGUGUUCAGUUUAACAGUGAAACACAGAUAAAUGUUCCUGUCCAGUCAAGAUUAAAAACAGUCAGUGUUUAUUUGGACUAUGACAACGGAGAGCUCUCCUUUUAUAAUGUGGAAGAAAAAUGUCUGAUUGGAACUUUGACAGCCAAAUUUUCAGGGGAAGUGUUCCCACUUUUUAAUCCUGGGAAAGGUGACGUAUCAUGUAUGGAGAUAAUACAGAGACCUGAGCAGGAUCAGUCAAAAACCAGUGCUCCCAAUGAGGGAAGAAUUAAUCCUGAGCAGGAUCAGCCACCUAAGAGUGAGAAUUUAGACAGAGAAAGUUAA